UCCCGGGGUCCCUCGUCUUCUUCCCAGCUAGCCCCAAGGCCAACAUGCCCACGUUCCAGCCGUCCCCCUUCUUCCCGCCCCAGCAGUUCCGGAUUCGUUUGUGUUUUAUGCGUAAAUGUGCAAAGAUUGACAGAGAAGACAACGUUCCCAUAGGCCUAUAUAACCUUGUGGUACAUCUUGAGGGUUAUGCCAGGUAGUGUAAGCCAUCAUGUGUCCCAGGUAAGGACUCUGUACAGGAAGAUCCUGCAGUUGCAUCGAGAAUUGCCCCUGGAGUUGAAGGCCCUGGGAGAUCAGUAUGUGAAGGAUGAAUUCAGGAGACACAAAUCGGUUGGCCCGGAAGAGGCCCAGCGCUUCCUGCAGGAGUGGGAGAACUAUGCAGCGAUGCUGUGGCAGCAAGCCGGCCAAAAUGGACAGAGCUCAGCUAAGCCUCACUUUGGAGCGCACCUCUCAGAGGAGAAGAUUAAUGCCCUGGCGGAUGAGCAAAUUGGACAGCUGCAGGAACUAAUGUGUGAAGCUACCAAACCCAAGAGACAGUUUAAUGUUUUGGAUGAUCCCGAAAACAAACGCUAACAUAUUACUUGGAACGGACUUUAAGUAAUUUUUGGUGCUUCUUUCUGCUUUACUUUGGAAGACAGAUUCACUCUGAAGAAUAAAUGAAACUGAUGUACAUUCUUUCUGUUUUA